AUGUGCAGGCAAGAGGAGCCCAUGAAAUUCGUAACCUGGGUCUGGAUGACAUCGUGCAACAAAAUGAUUGGUGUGCUGCUUGUCUUUUUCCCUGCUCUGCUCCUGGAGAUGGACGUGCUGCCCAGGAGUGACGGGAGGAAGGUUCUUCUCUCCGCAGGCUCCUCGCAGCGCUCGGUGGCUCGGAUGGACGGGGAUGUCAUCAUCGGCGCCCUCUUCUCUGUCCAUCACCAGCCCCCAGCUGAGAAAGUGCCUGAGAGGAAGUGUGGGGAAAUCCGGGAGCAAUACGGCAUCCAGAGAGUCGAAGCCAUGUUUCACACUUUGGAUAAAAUUAACGCCGACCCUGUCCUGCUACCUAACAUCACCCUGGGCAGUGAGAUCCGAGAUUCCUGUUGGCACUCCUCUGUGGCCCUGGAGCAGAGCAUCGAGUUCAUACGGGACUCCCUUAUCUCCAUCAGGGACGACAGGGACGGGGGCACCCGCUGUAUCUCCGACUCUCAGCUCCAGCCGCAGAGCAGAGUGAAAAAGCCCAUCGCGGGGGUCAUUGGCCCUGGCUCCAGCUCGGUUGCUAUCCAAGUCCAAAAUCUGCUCCAGCUCUUCGACAUCCCCCAGAUAGCUUACUCUGCCACCAGCAUCGACCUGAGCGACAAAACGCUGUACAAAUACUUCCUCAGGGUGGUCCCCUCUGACACCCUGCAAGCCAGGGCCAUGCUCGACAUCGUCAAGCGAUACAACUGGACCUACGUCUCCGCCGUCCACACGGAAGGAAAUUAUGGGGAAAGUGGAAUGGAAGCCUUCAAAGAGCUGGCUGCCCAAGAAGGUCUCUGCAUUGCACACUCUGACAAGAUCUACAGCAAUGCUGGGGAAAAGAGCUUUGAUCGCCUGCUCCGCAAGCUGCGAGAAAGGUUACCCAAGGCUAGAGUGGUGGUUUGCUUCUGCGAGGGAAUGACAGUCAGGGGGAUACUCAUUGCCAUGAGGCGCUUAGGAGUGCUUGGGGAGUUCCUGCUAAUUGGAAGUGAUGGUUGGGCAGACAGAGAUGAAGUCAUUGAAGGUUAUGAACCUGAAGCAAAUGGAGGCAUCACUAUCAAACUGCAGUCUCCAGAGGUGUUGUCAUUUGAUGACUACUAUCUGAAGCUGCGUCUGGACACCAACACCCGCAACCCCUGGUUUCCUGAAUUCUGGCAGCACAGAUUUCAGUGCCGCAUCCCAGGGCACCCACUAGAGAAUCCCAACUUCCAGAAGAACUGCACUGGCAAUGAAAGCCUAGAAGAAAAUUAUGUGCAGGACAGUAAAAUGGGAUUUGUCAUCAAUGCUAUAUAUGCUAUGGCUUACGGGCUACAAAAUAUGCAUCAUUCCCUUUGCCCAGGACAUAUUGGGCUGUGUGAUGCUAUGAAGCCUAUUGAUGGCAGCAAGCUCCUGGAGUUUCUCCUCAAAUCUUCAUUCAUUGGUGUUUCUGGAGAAGAAGUUUGGUUUGAUGAAAAGGGAGAUGCCCCUGGAAGGUAUGACAUCAUGAACCUGCAGUACAUAGAGCCCAACCGCUAUGACUAUGUCCUCAUCGGGACCUGGCAUGAAGGUGUGCUUAACAUUGACGACUACAGGAUUCAGAUGAACAAGAGUGGAAUGGUCCGAUCAGUGUGCAGUGAGCCUUGCUUGAAGGGCCAGAUUAAGGUGAUCAGGAAAGGAGAAGUGAGUUGCUGCUGGAUUUGCACUGCUUGCAAGGAGAACGAAUUUGUUCAGGAUGAAUUCACAUGUAAAGCCUGUGAGCUUGGAUGGUGGCCUAAUACUGACCUGACAGGCUGUGAACCCAUCCCUGUAAAGUACCUCCAGUGGAGCAAUAUAGAGUCUAUCGUGGCUGUGGUCUUUUCCUGCCUGGGGAUCCUGGUCACCAUGUUUGUCACCCUUAUCUUUGUGCUCUACAGGGACACUCCUGUUGUCAAAUCCUCCAGCCGAGAGCUCUGCUACAUUAUCCUUGCUGGCAUAUUUCUUGGUUACGUCUGCCCUUUCACCCUUAUAGCUAAACCCACCACUACAUCCUGCUACCUCCAGCGUCUUUUGGUGGGUCUGUCCUCUGCCAUGUGUUAUUCUGCCCUUGUGACCAAAACCAACCGCAUUGCACGCAUCCUGGCAGGCAGCAAAAAGAAGAUCUGCACCCGCAAGCCACGUUUCAUGAGUGCAUGGGCCCAGGUGGUAAUUGCCUCCAUUUUGAUCAGUGUGCAGCUGACACUGGUGAUCACGCUAAUCAUCCUGGAACCCCCAAUGCCCAUCCUUUCCUACCCCAGCAUUAAGGAAGUUUACCUUAUCUGCAACACCAGCAACCUAGGAGUUGUUGCUCCUGUGGGCUACAACGGACUCCUCAUCAUGAGCUGCACAUACUAUGCCUUCAAGACUCGCAAUGUGCCUGCCAAUUUCAACGAGGCCAAGUAUAUUGCAUUCACCAUGUACACCACUUGUAUCAUCUGGCUGGCCUUUGUGCCUAUCUAUUUCGGCAGCAACUACAAGAUCAUCACCACUUGCUUUGCAGUGAGCCUGAGUGUGACAGUGGCCCUGGGGUGCAUGUUCACUCCUAAGAUGUACAUCAUCAUAGCCAAGCCUGAGAGGAACGUCCGCAGUGCCUUCACCACCUCAGACGUGGUGCGUAUGCAUGUCGGGGACGGCAAGGCACCUUGCAAGUCCAACACUUUCCUCAACAUAUUUCGGAGAAAGAAGCCAGGGGCCGGAAAUCCAAAUUCUAAUGGAAAGUCUGUGUCAUGGUCUGAACCAGGUGGAAGAGAAACUCCCAAAGGGGAACACACAUGGCACAGACUCUCAGUGCACAUGAAGAACCAGGAGAUAGGGUGCAAUCAGACAGCGGUGAUCAAACCCCUCACUAAAAGCCACCAUGGCCAAAGCAAGAGCCUGACUUUUACUGACAUCAGCAGUAAGACUCUGUGCAAUGUGGAAGAGGAACAAGAUAGAGAGCCCAUUCAUGUCAACCAGUCCAGCAGCCCCUCCAUGGUGGUGCACAGGAAGGUAAUGUCGAGCCCCCCACUGCAGAGCACAGUGGAGGAGACCCACCUCUUCUUGCCUGAGCAGCCCUCCAAGACCCUGCCCCUGCAACCACAGUCUCUCAUGGACCAGCUGCAGGGAGUGGUCAACAAGAUUGCCACUGGCAUACCUGACUUAAAUGCCAUCAUCCCUGCGCCCGGCUCGGGGAACGGUGUGCAGCCCCCCACCCCGCAGCAGCGGCCUCUGACGCCUCUCCAGGUGACCGCCUUCAGCGAGGACCCCCUGUCUCCCCUGACUGAGGAUGUGGAGAGCGAGAAGCUGAAGCUCAUUCAGGGAUAUGUCUAUGAGAAGAACCCAGAGGAGGAGGACGACGAGCCAGCAACCAGUAAAGUGACUUUGGAAGAUUCUCCAGCACUGACGCCCCCAUCCCCUUUCCGGGAUUCAGUGGCUUCGGGCAGCUCUGUGCCUAGCUCACCUGUCUCGGAGUCGGUGCUCUGCACCCCCCCAGAUGUGACCUAUGCCUCUGUCAUCCUGAGGGAUUACAAGCAAAGCUCAUCCACCCUGUAG